UUUCGCGCUCACGGCUCCGUGUCUCCUCUUGGCUGCGUCGCGCCCUCCUAGCCUGCGAUGUUGCCGUGGUGACGGUGGCUGUUUCGUGCGCGGGAGGAGAGCGCAGGGCCGGCCCCGCCGCCACGCACAGCCCGAGGCCUCGGCCUGGCCCGCGAUGGCGAUGAAGAUCCGCAGCAACACCAGGAACAGCCGAGGGACGGCUGAGGAGCGGCAGCGCUGCCCGCCUGCUAGCACCAGGGCCUUGCAGAAGGGGACCAGCCCGCGCCGGGAUAGGCGCAAGGAGUGCACCCCGCCCAAGGCCAAGCCCGGGGUUUUGGGGGCUUCUGGCAAGUGGGUGUCCGGCAUUGGGGGGCAUCUCUGCCUCGACGAGUCGGCACUCAGUAGCCUGGGGACCACCAUCCUGCUCGCAAUCAUUGCGGGAAUUUUGCAUUGGUACCAUAUAGCUAGUCUCUUUGAAAAUAAUCGACAUUUCUCUCACCUUUCAACAUUAGAACGUGAAAUGGCCUUUCGUACUGAAAUGGGCUUGUAUUAUUCAUUCUUUAAAACCAUUAUUGAGGCACCCUCAUAUAAUGAAGGCUUAACUUGCAUAAUGAACGAUCGCUUGACUGAAUAUCCUUUGGUUAUCAACACCUUGAAGCGGUUCAACCUUUAUCCAGAGGUAGUGCUGUCUAGCUGGUACCGCAUUUACCUUGCCGUUGCAGAUUUUCUUGGCAUUUCGACCAAAACUUGUUGGCGUGUGGACCGAGGUCAUGGGUUCACUCCUGUGGAUAGCUGCGAAGGAAUGGGAGACCCUGCCCAUUUUUAUGUCACGUUUGUUUUUUUGCUAAAUGGGUUUAUGAUGUCACUAUUUUUCAUUUAUGGAACAUACUUGAGUAGGAGCAGGCUUGGUGGCGUGAUCACUGUUGCUUGCUUUUUUUUCAAUCAUGGUGAGUGCACAAGAGUCAUGUGGACCCCUCCUCUCCGUGAGAGCUUCUCUUACCCCUUCCUAAUUUUGCAGAUGCUGCUUUUAACCUGCAUACUAAGAAGCCACACAGUAGAGAAGAAGACAUUGGCUGCAUUUUGUAUUGCAAAUAUCUUUUUCCUGCUUCCAUGGCAGUUUGCUCAGUUUGUGCUGCUCACACAGGUAGCAUCACUGUUUGCAACGUAUGUUUUGGGUUUUAUUGAUGCCCGUAAGCUGCUGAACAUUAUAUAUGCUCACAUGAUUUCCCUAGUGGUUUGCUUUGUGCUGAUGUUUGGAAAUGCCAUGCUGUUAAGCUCCUAUUAUGCUGCCUCUCUGGCUGUUGUUUACGAUCUCUUGGCAGCAUCACCGCAUUUCAAAAUGUAAUUGGAAAUAAGUUCUAUGACUCUUUGGAUUAUUAAAGGAUUCACCUGGCUUGUUGGAACCAUAAUCCUGAAAUUUGUGGCUUCUAAAUUAUUAGGAGUUACAGAUGAUGCACACAUAAGUAAUCUACUAAAAUCUAAGUUUACCAACUACAAAGACUUUGACACCUUGAUGUAUACGUGUGCUGUGGAGUUUGAUUUCAUGGAGUUAGAGACUCCCUUGAGAUAUACAAAAACUCUGCUCCUCCCGGUGACUGUCUGCGUUUUUGCAGUUAUUGUUGCAAAGGUGGAUAGGAUGGGAUCUCAAAACUCACCCUCCACCGUACAACACGUUCAUUGUACUCCCAUCCUAAGAUUGCCUGACCGAUUCUGCAAAACUCGAAUAGAGACUUUGAAGGAGCUGGUCUGUUUGUUAAAAGAAAGAAAUUCGCAAAACAUAGAGUGGAAGACUUCAGUUCAUGGAGAGAUGGUCUAUCACGUUUUCCAAUUGUUGGCGUUUGUCCUACUGGGUGUUCUCAUCAUGAGGCUCAAACUUUUCCUCACACCUCACAUGUGUCUCAUGGCGUCUCUGAUUUCUUCCAGACAGUUUUUUUGGUGGAUCAAGAAUAAAUCCCAUCACCGGAUAUUUGUGUGUGUGAUGCUAGCGGCAAUGGCUUUGCAGGGAGCCUUCAACCUGAGGGAGCAGUGGAGCAUCAUUGGAGAGUUCAGCAACUUCCCCCAGGAGGAGUUAUUGGAGUGGAUUAAAGAAAACACCAGGACGGAUGCUGUGUUUGCUGGAGCCAUGCCCACAAUGGCAAGCAUCAAACUAUCGACAGGGCGUGCUAUCGUAAACCACCCGCACUAUGAAGAUGCAGGCUUGAGGGCAAGAACAAAACUGGUGUAUGCGAUGUACAGUCGGAAGUCGGCAGAGGAGGUGAAGACUGGGCUCCUUAGCCUGGGAGUAGACUACUUUAUUUUUGAAGAGUCGUGGUGUUUGAGGAAAACGAGAGAGGGCUGCAGUAUGCCAGAAAUUUGGGAUGUGGAAGAUGCGGAGAAUGCAAUGAAAACACCUUUGUGCUCAGUGAUUUCCAAAUCACCGGCUCCACACUUCACUCCUGUGUUUCACAAUGAUGUUUACAAAAUCUUAAAGAUGAAGAAAAGUCUCAGCUGGACAUAAAAGUCAGUGGAUGGACAGGUGUGGUUAAACAUUUCUGUGCUGAUAAGGUCGCCCAAAUUUCUUGUAUAUGGCAACUGGAGGUGUGAAUGAAGCUGAAAUCAAAUGUAGAAAUAUGAUCUUUGUAAUUGUUCCUUUAUAAGCAGUAUUUUCAUGUCUUUAUGGAGUUAAUGCAUAUGUGAUUAUUUUCAAUAAAGAUUUUGUGAGUAAA